ACUUUCCAAUUUAUAACUUUCCCUCCUUUCUUUUAUUUUCUCACACUUUCCCGGAAAGUUCCAUUACCCUCAUCCUUCUCUAUCUCUCUUCUUUGACUCUUUCAUUCCCCUCUCUCUCUCUCUCUCUCUCUCACUGUGUUAUUGGGUCCCUCCCUCUCUUUAAUCUCUUCGUCAGGGUUAGGUAUUUGAACUCCAAACCAGCGACCCUUCUUUGACCAACUCGACCCCCCAAAUUUUCUCACCAUCCAAACAACACCACCCUUUAAUUCUCCAUCAAAACCCCCCAGUCCAUUAAUUCUCUCAUUCAUUUCGUCCAAUUUGUACUAUCCUUCUUCCUCUUGUCAAUAUGAAUGAUUUAUUUUCAGGCUCCUUCUCUAGGUUCCGGAACGAGGACCCCUCGCCGGACCACCACGUGAUUGAGAUGUCGUCUUCAUCGGCCACGGCGGCUACUAAUGGAGUCAAUCUCGAUAAGUUUUUUGAAGAUGUUGAAUCGAUCAAGGAAGAGCUUAAAGAACUCGAGAGGCUUCAUGAGAAUCUUAAUUCUUCUCAUCAACAGAGCAAGACUCUUCACAACGCUAAAGCCAUUAAAGACCUUCGAUCUCGAAUGGACUCCGAUGUUUCCCUCGCUCUUAAGAAGGCUAAGCUCAUCAAGGUUCGUCUCGAAGCCCUAGACCGAGCCAACGCCGCCAAUCGGAGCGUGCCUGGUUGUGGACCGGGUUCUUCGUCGGACCGGACUAGAACCUCCGUGGUCAACGGGCUCCGUAAGAAGCUCAAAGACUCCAUGGAGAGUUUCAACACUUUACGCCAACAGAUCUCGUCGGAGUAUAGAGACACCGUUCAACGCCGUUAUUUCACUGUCACCGGUGAAAAUCCUGACGAGAAAACCAUUGACCUUCUCAUCUCAACAGGGGAAAGCGAGACGUUUUUGCAAAAAGCAAUUCAGGAGCAAGGACGAGGGAGGGUUCUGGACACGAUAAAGGAGAUCCAGGAGCGUCACGACGCAGUGAAGGACAUGGAGAAGAAUCUGAAAGAGCUCCACCAGGUGUUUCUGGACAUGGCAGUUCUGGUCCAAGCUCAGGGAGAGCAGCUGGACGAUAUAGAGAGCCACGUGGCGAGAGCCAAUUCGUUCGUGAGGUCGGGAGCACAGCAGUUGCAGACAGCGAGGAAACACCAGAAGAAUACCCGGAAAUGGACAUGUUACGCCAUUAUUCUAUUGCUGAUCAUCAUCUUGAUUGUGAUUCUCAGUUUGAAGCCAUGGAAUUGGGGCGGCGGCAAUAGUGGCGGCGGCGGCGGCGGUCAAAACACUCCAUCUCCAGUUCCUGGCCAACGCUGAUUAGUCAACCAUGCGAGUCUUCUUUCCUUUCAUACUCCGCGCUGCAUCUUAGUAUAUUCCUCGUCUUAGACUUAGCCUGUUAUUAUUAUUGUUAUUGUUAUUAUUUUUUCUUUUUAUUUAUUUUUAUUACGUUACAUGCCUCUUUUUCUUUUCUCAUAGUAGAGUUUAUUUUAUGUUUUUUUGUUUGUAAUUAUAUUUGGAAUUUUGGAUUUUUUGUGUUGUUAUUUGUGUAUUCUUUCA